UUCCUUUUUAUGGAAAAACACAUUUCUAUGCAAUCCGAUGAAAUCUAAGCGUUUUUGUUGAAUAAAUAACCAAUCAAAAAGUUCACAGUUGAGCGGUCGGAUAAUUGUAGUAUUCGGUGUCUGCAUAGUGAGAUGCAGCCUGAGUCUCGCGGUAACGGAUAAAAGUUGCGAGUCAUGUUUCACUGAAGACGGAUGGAAGAAACACGGACGUAAUUGAAAGGAAGUAAAGACCCUGGACAGGGCUUGGCUUUCUUUGAACUUCGUAGUCAAUGCACGGCGUAGAUGAGGACCACAACUGAAGAGUCAUCCAGAAGCAGUAACAGUGCUGGACGUGGCAGUAGCACCGUCCUGCAGCGUCUUUUGCAGGAGCAGAUGAAUCUGAGUUUUGUGAUGCAGCAACAGCAGGUAGGAGUUGGAGCUGGCAGUGGAGGGAGCGGGCAGGCUGGCGCUUCAGAAGAGCUUUCCAGGACACCCCACAUUGCCCGACAGGAGCCCCAGGGCCAGGAGCUACAGGCAGAUGGUCUGGAGAAAUUAAGUUCCAGAGCAGUGGGUGGUGGUGUGAGCAAUGGAGGAGGAGGAAGCAGCGGUGGAGGUGGUUCAACUAGCCAGGGUCAGUGCCAAAGCCCAGAAGAACUCCCUACUUAUGAGGAAGCUAAAGUUCAGUCACAGUACUUCCGUGGCCAUGGUCCACCUCUUUUACAUCAACAACAGAGCAACCAGCCCCAACAGAAGACACUCCCUACCUCAGUGGGUGCUACCUUCUAUGUCACUGGGGUAACUGAUUCUAAGGUGCGCACAGAAGGUCGGCCCACCGUACAGCGUGUUAAUGGGGCAGUUAAGGUACACCAAGAUGAUGGACUAAAGGAUCUUAAACAAGGGCAUGUCCGUUCUCUAAGCGAACGGCUAAUGCAGCUCUCCCUUGCCACUAGUGGUGUCAAGGCGCAUGCUCCAGUCAUUAGCUCUUCACUCUCCCCACAGCUUUCCCCUCCAGGGCAGCCAGGUGAUUACUACAAGCCCCAGUAUCGUGGCCCACCUCCAGACUACCCUUUUAAAGGAAUGAGGUCACCUAUGAAGCAGCAAGAGACUGGAAGUCCUUUUCAUCAGGGGCAGAGAGGGAGGGAGCCUUCAAGAGAAGUGCCGCAUGUCAGAUAUCAGCCUCCACCAGAGUAUGGCUCAUUCAGGUCCAAUAAGGAGGGUUCGGUUACUUUCCAAAAGUACCUUCACCACCACAGCCCCACCUCUUCCAUCACCUCCACUGGUUCUUUGUCCCGGGCCCAAUCUUCUACUAUGUAUAGCUUACCAAGUCCAUUUCAUACCCCCUAUUCCUCGCACCUAUCUGCCCCCCACCAACAGCCACAUGAUCGUGGUGAGACUUUUCACAGCAUGGGGAUUCGCAAUCUCCAGGGUCUUGUUUCCAACCAGGUAGGUGAGACUUUCACCCCUGUGCCUCUCAACACAACACCACAAAGAUGUCAUGGUUUUCCUAAUGACUCCAACGGCUCCUUGCCUCUGUUUCACAACAAACAGGAACGGACUCAUCCAUAUCAACAACAGCAUUCUCUAGGCUUGCCCCAUCCACAGCCUCAACCCUUUGUUCAAGCCAGACAUUUCCCCCAUCUACAUUCUUACUCCCACAUGCAGGGGCAGACCUUUGAAAUAAUGGCACAUGCUCAACAGAGGGUGGACAUGCUCAAUGAAGAGAACAGAGUGCUGAGGCAAGAGAUGGAUGCCUGCCGUGAUAAAGUCACCAAGCUGCACAAGUUUGAAACAGAGAUUCAGCUGGUAUCAGAGGCCUACGAAACCCUUGCUAAUUCUUCUUCCAAGAGGGAAGCUCUGGAGAAAACAAUGAGGAACAAGCUAGAAUUGGAGGUCCGGCGUCUGCAUGACUUUAACAGGGACCUAAGAGACCGCAUGGAGACCGCCAACAAGCAGCUCACUGCUAAAGAGUCUGAUGGCUCAGAAAACAACCGUAAGACCAUAUCCCAACUGCUUGCAAAGAACAAAGAGACUAUGCGUGAGAAGGAAAAACUAGAGAUGGAGCUGAAUGCGCUGCACUCCACCACAGAAGACCAGAGGAGACACAUUGAAAUCAGAGACCAGGCCCUUAACAAUGCCCAAGCCAAAGUGGUCAAACUAGAGGAGGAGCUAAAGAAGAAACAAGUUUAUGUGGAAAAGGUGGAAAGAAUGCAGCAGGCUCUGGCUCAGCUACAGGCAGCUUGUGAGAAGAGAGAACAACUUGAACAUCGACUUCGUACAAGGCUGGAGAAAGAGCUGGAAUCACUACGCAUGCAACAGCGUCAGGGAGGCACACAAAACAACGGCGUGGUCCAAUCAGAGUACAGUGUCACUGCAUUAAUGGAGCACCUGAGGGAGAAGGAGGAGCGUAUUUUGGCUCUGGAGGCUGAUAUGACCAAGUGGGAACAGAAGUACUUGGAGGAGAGCGUCAUGAGACAGUUUGCACUUGAGGCGGCCGCUUCUGUUGCUUCUCAAAGGGAUACCUCUGUCGCGAUGUUAAGCCAUUCUCCCAGCAGCAGCUAUGACACAUCAGUGGAGGCUCGCAUUCAAAAAGAAGAAGAAGAGAUUCUAAUGGCUAAUCGCCGAUGUUUGGACAUGGAAAGCAGGAUAAAGAAUCUCCAUGCCCAGAUCAUAGAGAAAGAUGCUAUGAUCAAGGUACUCCACCAGCGCUCCAAGAAGGAGCCAAUCAAGUUAGAUGUGCCAUCUACAAUGAGGCCCUCCAAGUCUCUUAUGUCCAUCUCAAACACUGGUCCUGGAAGUUCAGGGCUACUCUCUCAUGGCAUUGGAGUCAAUAGCUCGGCUGUCACUGAAGAACGCAAAGAUAGCAGUUGGAAAGGGAGCCUAGGGGUUCUGCUUGGUCCAGAAUUUCGCACAGACUCUCUCAGAACAGAAUCUAUCACAUCAUCUCCCUCCCCAGUAUUUCCUCCCACACAAAUUACAGCGGUUCACUCAAAGACAGGCAGCAGGGAUAGCUGCACGCAGACGGACAAGAAUCAGAGUCAGGACACCAGUAAGCCUGGCACCCCAGCCCUUCAGAACAUGAUGGUGCCAAGUCGAUUGUCCAGCCCCAGUCCCGUUCACAUCCCAGAACGUGCAGCUGAUGGGCCAGUGUUUCAUACCAGCACGCUGGAGCGAAGGAUCCCUGUCCAGUCCCAGACCCACUCACAGCAACACCUCCCAGCCACAAGCACUCCACAGGAAGUGGACAAGGAUAUGAUGGAGAUUCUCAUCUGACCCCAUUUUCUCAUCCAAAUGAGAGAAUGGGUGAAAACUCUAUUCACUUUUUGGCAUGUGUCAGCCCUGUGCCACUAUAUAAGUACUGAGCGCCUUCAUUCCAGCAGUGGCUAUACAAUGCAAUUGCAAGUUACUUAGUUACAAGGCCUACUGUAUUUGUACCACUACAGUGUGCAGUUGGCUAGCAAACUACAGUAUGCCUACAACCCAAAAUAUGAGGAUGAGGGGAAUGAGGAUCAAACUUUAUGGGAUGCCCACCCAGACCCAUUUCGAUGGUCCCUCCCAAGUGAAUGCUGGGGGCCAUUACCCCCCCCCCCCCCUCCUCUCCCUGCAACUUUGCACGCCACUGGAAUCCAGCCAAGAAACUAUAACAGUCUCCUUUUGUGAGAGGCUGCUGCUUGUCCCUGCGAGGCUGCGUGUACAUGUGCAAAUGAUUGACAACACCCCUUGAUCAAGGCAUCUGGCUCUACAGUCUCUGAUUGGAUAUUGACACGAAGUGCUAAUUAAGAUUAAAUGACAGGCAGAAAAUGGGCCUAGAAAGGUAUGAUUCCUCAGAAGUUCAUUUAAUAACAUUCUUCUGUCAGGUCAUACUGACAAAAAGUGUUUGUUCUUUUUUAAACUGCAAACUCCAUCUUUAGGUGGAUAUAUUGUGGCGGCUCAAACAUAUGCAGAUGUGGUGGCAUAUGCUAGAACAGGGAUGGGCAACUCAAAUGAUGUAGGGGACCACAGUUCCUAACCAGAUGUAUGACAACAAUGCCAUUUUAAAUAUGAUCAAAAUAUGUGAAUGUUUUUUUAUUGAACUAAUGUAUCUUAAUAUAUGUCAUGCUCAAAUCAUAAUGUGUUGACUAGAUCCACUCUUGAACAACAAAGGGCUUGAAGCGAUCAAAAAAUAACCACAUACUGGAAUUAUUUUUUCCAACACAAAGGGCUCUAUUACAUAAAAAUGACCAUUCAAAGAUGGUACAGAACUGCUGAAUAGCAAACCAACAUUUAGUGCAAGAACUUAUUUGUGCAUUUUUUCACACAAAUCAACUCACUCAAAAUGUUAAUAAUAUCCUGUGUUUGCCCUGCACUUCAUUCAAAACCCCCAAAUUAUGUGGCCUACUCACUUUGCAGGAUAGGGCACUUCACUCUCCUUAGUUAAAGGAGUCCUGUUGUGCGUCUCCCCUGUCCUGCCACUUUUCCAACCCACCAUAUGCAUUUGCAACCUAUUAACGGCGUUAUAUACUGUAUAUCCAUGUUUUUGGGGGAGACAUUUUAGUAACUCCUCAGGCACGUUAAACAAAGUGUCAAAGAUUCUUGUGAAGAAAAAAAAAUCAGUUUGUUGCUUUUAAUUUCAGAGCUCGGCAGCUUGAGUAUACUUCUCGCAUCAACUUUGGUUCCCAGCAUGCAUUGCGCUAUUAUGAUUUUUUUCUGUAAUCAGGACAUUAAUCAUCACUGUUCAAGUGUAUUUAUGUUACCCAAAGUUAGUUGUAGUGUGUCUUGAUUACGGAUGGGUACCUUUCACUAUUUAAACCGGUACAGUACCUAUUCCCGGUAGUGGGAAUCGAUACCGGUACUCAGUGGAACCCAUUUUUGGUCCUUUUGUCUGUUGAGUGGAUGGGAGAAUUUCAAAUUUCAAAAAAUCUAUUUAACAUUUAUUUUUCCAUAUAAUCCUAUACACUUUGACAUAUAUAACAAAGCAAGAAGAAGAAGAAGAAGAAUCACCUUUUAUUGUCAUGAACAUGCAUGAAUGCACAUGAAAUCUCUUCUCUGCAUUUAACCCAUCACAGUGAACACAUACACACGUUAGUGGAACACACUGGAGCAGGGGGCAGCUGAAGCGCCCGGGGAGCAUUUCGGGGUAUCAGUGUCUUGCUCAAGGACACCACAGCCGUGAGUCCGGGUGAUGUUGACGGAUGGUCCAGUCGGUGUCUUGAACCUAAGGUCCCCCACGGUGGCAGGUGAUGAUCUUAACCAUUGGGCCAUGGCAACAUCUUAAGUUUAAAACAAAUCAGCAAAAGAGGAUGGAAUAAACAAAUGAAUACAGUACAAGGUAUAAUCUUUUACCAAUAAUAAUAAUAAGGUGUACACGGUAGAUGACUGGUUAGCACAUCUGCCUCACAGUUCUGAGGACCCGGGUUCUAAUCUGGCCUCGCCUGUGUUUAACACGUUCUCCCCGUGGGGUUUCUCAGGGUACUCCGGUUUCCUCCCACAUCCCAAAAACAUGCACGGUAGGUUAAUUGAAAACUGUAAAUUGCCCGUAGGUGUGAAUGUGAGCGCGAAUGGUUGUUUCUUUCUGUGCGCCCUGCGAUUGGCUGGCGACCAGUUCAGGGUGUACCCUGCCUCUCGCCCAACGAUAUCAGGGAUAGGCUCCAGCACGCCCGCGACCCUACAGAGGAUAAGUGGUACGGAAAAUGAAUUAAUGAAUAAAGUAUAAAUAA